CCCGUCCGCCCCGCGAUGCCCCGCCGCGCCCGGGACGCGCGCCUGGGGCCCUGCCCGCCGCUGCUGCCGCUGCUGCUCCUGCUCCUGCUGGCCGCCGCCGUGCCGCAGGGCCGGGCAGAAGUCUACUAUGCAACCGCAUACUGGAUACCUGAUGAAAAGACAAUACAAGUCAAAAACGUACUGGACAGAAAUGGGGAUGCCUAUGGCUUUUACAAUGACUCCGUGAAAACCACAGGCUGGGGCAUCCUGGAGAUCAGAGCGGGAUAUGGUUCUCAGAUCCUGAGCAAUGAGAUCACCAUGUUUGUGGCUGGCUUUUUGGAGGGUUACCUCACUGCCCCACACAUGUAUGACCACUUUGUUAACCUCUACCCACAACUGAUUAAGAAACCUUCCAUCGUGGAUAAAGUGCAAGAUUUUAUGGAGAAGCAAGAUGAGUGGACCCGGAAAAACAUGAAAGAAUACAAGGAUGACCCAUUUUGGAGACAUGUAGGCUAUGUUAUGACACAAAUGGACGGGCUGUAUGUAGGAGCAAUGAGGAGGGCUAUGUUAGAAAAGACAAAGCCCAUGACCCUGUUCCAGAUUCAGUUCCUGAAUGCUGUUGGAGAUCUGUUGGAUCUAAUUCCCUCGGUUUCUCCCACAAAAAAUUCCAGCCUGAAGGUUUUUAAGAGAUGGGACAUGGGACAUUGCUCUGCUCUUAUUAAGGUUCUUCCUGGAUUUGAGAACAUCUUUUUUGCUCACUCAAGCUGGUAUACAUACGCAGCCAUGCUCAGGAUAUAUAAACACUGGGACUUCAACAUCAAAGAUAAAGACACCAGCAGUAAUCGCCUCUCUUUCAGCAGUUACCCAGGAUUUUUGGAGUCUCUGGAUGACUUUUACAUUCUUAGCAGUGGUUUGAUAUUGCUACAGACCACAAACAGCGUGUAUAAUAAAACCCUACUAAAGCUUGUGGUACCCCAGUCUCUCCUCGCAUGGCAAAGAGUCCGUGUGGCCAAUAUGAUGGCAAAUGAUGGCAGGCAGUGGGCAGAGAUCUUUUCAAGCCACAACUCUGGCACGUAUAACAAUCAGUACAUGGUCCUGGACCUGAAGAAGGUAAAGCCGAAGUACAGCCUUGACACGGGCACCCUGUACAUUGUGGAGCAAAUUCCUACAUAUGUAGAAUAUUCUGACCAAACUGAAGUUCUACGGAAAGGAUAUUGGCCCUCCUACAACAUUCCUUUCCAUGAAAAAAUCUACAGCUGGAGUGGCUAUCCAAUGCUAGUUCAGAAGCUGGGUUUGGAGUACUCCUAUGAUAUGGCUUCACGAGCCAAAAUCUUCCGGCGUGACCAAGGGAAAGUGAUUGAUAUGGCAUCCAUGAAAUAUAUCAUGCGAUACAACAAUUAUAAGAAGGAUCCUUACACUAAGGGCGAUCCCUGUAAUACCAUCUGCUGCCGUGAAGACCUGAACUCACUUAACCCAAGUCCUGGAGGUUGCUAUGACACGAAGGUGGCAGAUAUCUACCUCGCAUCGGAGUACACAGCCUAUGCCAUUAGUGGUCCCACCACACAAGGUGGACUUCCUGUUUUUCACUGGAACCGUUUCAACAAAACUCUCCACAAGGGCAUGCCAGAGAUCUACAACUUUGAUUUUAUGACCAUGAAACCAAUUUUGAAACAUGACAGAAAAUGAAGGAGGGAGUUGAGGGAAUAGAAGGUUGCAGAGAAGAUUCCAAAGGUGCGAUUUUAGCUAUGUUUUUCCAUUCAGAAUUAAUCUUAAUAAAAUAUAUUAAAUUCA